UUAAAAAAGAAAACUCGUUUCUUGAUGGCCAAAUCCUCAAAUUUAAAAAGAAAAAAAAAAACAGUUGAUAAAUGAAAAUAACCCGUGAGAAGACUUUCAAUCAUGAAUCAACGACGGAAACAUCCAGAAACCGAUUCAUCUCCAACAUCCAACGGUUCAGUGUUUUUUCUUUAAUAAAAUAAUAUUUUAACCAAAACCCCGACUCCCGAAAAGGAAGGAGAAAUUAGGGUUUUUGGAUUCUCCUAUUUAUUUAUCCACCUCUGAGGUUUUAGGCUUCACUGCUUUUUAUUUCCCUCUUUAUCAUCUAAAUUCUUCCUCUGAAUUCCAAAGAAAAUAUCAUGGGGAAGGGUCCUGGUCUCUACACUGAAAUCGGCAAGAAAGCCAGAGAUCUUCUUUAUAAGGAUUAUCAGACAGACCAAAAGUUCACACUGACCACCUCUUCUCCAACUGGAGUUGUUAUUACCUCUUCUGGAACAAAGAAAGGGGAUCUCUUCCUAACUGAUGUUAACACCCAGCUGAAGAAUAGGAAUUUUACGGCGGAUAUCAAAGUGGACACCUGCUCCAGUCUCUUUACCACUAUAACAGUUGAUGAACCUGCACCUGGGCUGAAGGCAAUUUUUAGCUUCAGGGUCCCUGAUCAGAGGUCUGGCAAGGUUGAACUGCAGUAUUUGCAUGAGUAUGCUGGGAUAAGCACAAGCAUUGGAUUGACCGCAAACCCAAUAGUUAAUCUCUCAGGUGUGCUUGGAACUAACGCUCUUGCACUUGGUACUGAUCUCUCGUUUGACACAAAGACUGGGAAUUUCACCAAAUGCAAUGCUGGAUUGAGCUUCUCCAAUACAGAUCUCAUUGCUUCAUUGGCUCUGAAUGAAAAGGGUGACUCUCUUAAUGCAUCCUACUAUCAUGUAGUGAAUCCCUUGACUAACACUGCUGUUGGUGCUGAGGUGACCCAUUGCUUCUCUACCAAUGAGAACACCAUCACUAUCGGGACACAACAUGCGUUGGAUCCAUUGACCAUGGUUAAGGCCCGGGUGAACAAUGCUGGUAAGGCAAGUGCUCUCAUCCAGCAUGAGUGGCGCCCUAAAUCCAUCUUUACCAUUUCUGGAGAGGUAGAUACCAAGUCCAUUGACAAGAGCGCCAAGGUUGGGCUUGCAUUGGCACUCAAGCCUUGAGCUUUACAGCUCAUUUUGAAAGAGUAUGGUAGGCUUAGAGUUUUGAAGUGUAUGUUCAGAGACUUUUAUGGUGUUUGCAUCUACUCUUUAUUUCAGUGUUUUUUCGUUUUAAAAAUAAAAGAGAAAAAAAUGGUGGCAUAGUGGUUUUAACUGUGUGACAUUGGCACUACUGAAUUUCCCAAAUGUAAAACCUAUUUUUAAUUCAAUUCCCUGCAGUUUUUCUUCAUAUCGUUUUC